AUGACUGGCAAGUUAUCAGAACACAAGCGAGCUGUGGCAUUGUUGAAGUCACUGCCAGCGCCUCUGAAGAUCGUGAUUCCAGGCAAUCACGAUCUUACAUUAGAUCGAGCAUACUGCUCCGAACAUCCUCGAUUAUACGAGUGGGAUCAUGAUCAUACGGAAGAGGAGCUUACCGAAGCGAUUAGUCUAUAUACCAACGAUGAAGCUAUUAAGGCAGGUAUAGUGUACCUGGUUGAAGGCACCCGGUCAUUCACCCUUGCAAAUGGUGCUCAGAUGACCGUUUACGCGAGCGCAUAUACACCGGAGUUCUAUGACUGGGCGUUCCCUUAUCCUAGAGACCUCGACCGUUUCAAUAACUCCGAGAGUGCAACCCCGUCGAAUCCUGUACCAUCGUGCGAUUCUGAAUCUGAUCCUGGUCCAUCAGACGUGUAUGCUGGCAAAGCAGUAAAUCUUAUGAUCACGCAUGGUCCACCGAAAGGUGUAUUGGACAAAACGGCCACUGGGCAGGACGUUGGUUGUGAGCAUCUAAUGAGAGCCGUGCAACGAUGCAAGCCACUUCUACACUGCUUCGGCCAUAUACACGAAGGAUCCGGCUCCAAGAGGAUGAUGUGGUCAACAGCCAAUAAUUCUGUUCUUGCAGCUGAAUCUAAUACUAGGAUGCAGAACUAUGAUCUACUCAGUGAGCAGCAAAGGAUGUUCGUUGGCUAUAUUGAUGCUACCAAUAUCCGGCACGGAGCGGAGACAGCGUUUGUGAAUGCCAGCAUCAUGAAUCUCCAAUAUGAGCCUGUCCAAAAGCCAUGGAUUGUGGAUUUGAAGCUACCUAAAGCCCCCUGA